AGACAAGGUAAACCAAUAGGAAGGCCCUCCUGGUCCGGUUGCCAUGCAACUGGGAAAGUUUGGACCAGGCUUGGAAUUAGUGGCCGGCAGUUGGAAAACAAGAGGCAGGCCUGAUCUAUUUCGCCCUACAAAAGCAUAAGCCAUGGCGAAGGACAAGAAAAAGAAGGAAAAGAAAAAAAAGGGCUCCACGCAACACUCCAAGGAACCUCGGACCUAUUUUCCAGAAGCUCUAUUAGCUUAUCAAAUUCAGAUCAAGGAAGAGAUUAUUGAUCAGCUUCUGCGUGACAUAAAGCGCCUGGAAGCAGCAAAUGACAGAAACAAAGAAAGGAACCAGUACUUACAGCAAGAACAGAUUGAGAACAUCCGGGCUCUCUUUAUCGCCCUAAAAGAGCAGGAGAAAGAACUAGAGAAAAUUGAAAUAGUUACCAGGGAUGAUGUAGAGGAAGCAAUGAAGGACAAAUGGCAGUAUGUCAAAGACCAAGAGAAGCUUAUUAAAGACAUGCGCUACCAAAUACAUUAUGUUGAACAAAGGCUUCUGCAGAAGCAGGCCGAGGUGGAUUACUGGGAGGCAUACAAAAAUGUGGGAUGUAUUGACCAUGCCAAACAGAUUGAGUGCCUGGAACAAGACAUCAAGAAGUUGAAAGAAGAUCUGGAGGAAAUGACAGAAUAUUUUAGGAUUGCUCUGGAAGAAACAAAGGAAAAAAUUGAUAAGUUCACCCUGAAACAAAUAGAACAAAAGAAGGAAUGGGCCACUGAGAAUGCCGUUAAGCACAUCGACAAGAUCAGCCGAAGGGAGAUUAAGGAAUAUGAGUGGCUAAAGGACGAGGUUGCAGCUUACCGAAGAGAUGUGAGUGACCUGGAAGUCGCCAUCCAUGAACUGGAGACGGAGAACAUCUAUCUCAUCAACAAACUGUUUGAGCGGAAACUACAGUUCCUUAAAGUGCCCAGAAAGUUAUUUCUUACGCAAGGUGCUGGCCUACAGAUUCCUGGAAAAGACUGGGAACAUAGUGACUUCACAGAAUCAGCAUCUGAAUUCGUGCUUGCUGUGGAGGACAAACCAAGCGAGGAGAAAUAUGAGCCAGACAAAGAGGAUGAAGAAAUAGAAGAAGACGAUGUAGUGUAUCUGCGAGGAGAUGCCGCCUAUAGCUUUCUCCCCCCAAUUCUGUAUGAAGACAGCAAGGAUUUCAAGGAAUCCCUUGUCCCAGGGCAAGGGUUCACCCAAGGCUCUUGCUUCCAUGUGUGA